AUGCCGAGCGGACCCCGAACCAACGCCAGCGAUAAAAAGAAGCGAUGGAGAUGGGCACUUAGAAUCUGGGACUUAGUGGUUGACCAAUGGUUUCUUAUUGUCAUGGGCAUCCUGAUUGUCUUCGCCUCUCAGGUGCAGGUGCCAAAACCCCAUCAGCCGCUAAAGCAAACCGUUGUCAACUAUGUAGCGGUUUCCAUCAUUUUCUUCAUCAAUGGAUGUACACUUCCUACUCAGGUCCUAGUCGAAAAUCUGAGCCGCUGGAAAGUGCACAUCUUCACUCAAGUGCAAUGUUAUCUCCUGACCUCAUCGAUCAGUUAUGGCGUCGUCAGCGCCUGUGCAACCGACAAGCAUUUUAUGGAUCCGGCACUGUUGAUCGGAAUCAUCAUCCUGGGGUGUCUUCCUACCGCUAUCUCCUUCAACACUAUAAUGACCCGAAAGGCCAACGGAAAUGGAGCCUUGUCCAUCGCGCAGUCGACCAUUGGGAGCCUUCUUGGUCCAUUCCUGACGACAGCUUUGAUAAAGCUCUACACCAACACUGGCGCCUGGUACACAGACUUUCUGCCGGAGACCGAAGGAUUCACCGAAACCUAUCGAUAUGUCUUUAAGCAGCUGGGGCUUUCGGUUUUUGCCCCACUGCUGGUCGGGCAAAUCAUAGCCAGCGUGUUUCCACGCCUGGUGAAGACAGUGUUCGUAGAGUGGAAGAUGAGCAAAUUGAGCUCCUUUGCAUUAUUAGUCAUCAUCUGGAGUACUUAUGAUGGCGCAUUCGAGUCCGAUGCGUUUUCCGAAGUUCGAUCGGAUAACAUGGUGUUUGUCGUCUUUAUCUUGAUCGCACUGUUUCUGGUGUGCAUUGCCAUCGCCAUUCUGGUCUCAUGGCUAUGGCUCAGCCGCGAGGACACAAUAGCUGUGGCAUAUCUGGUGCCCACCAAAACGCCGGCGAUGGGUGUGCCAAUAACAACCAUCAUGUUUAUGGGGCUUCCUGAAGCCGCUCAGUCUAGGAUGAAGCUGCCCAUGGUCAUCUAUCAGGGAAUCCAAACAACCCUUAGUAGUUUGUUGACCAUCCCACUGAGGAGAUGGCAAGCUACUGAGUCUGCGCGGCGCCAAUUGGUGCAGGCGGAGACCUUGGAACUAGACGAUCAGUCUCAGGACACAGGCUCACAUAGGAGACCUGCGAUUAACCGAUCACACGCAGAACAAACCCUCCUAUCCCAAAAAUGCCGCCCCCAACGUUCUCCUACGGCCUCAAUCUCGCUAACAAAAAACAACCAAACGCGCGCCCCGGCGCCCGGGGCCCUUGGGCAAAAGCGCAAGAAAACCAUAUUCGACUCGGACUCGGACUCCGAAAGCAAAGACACGGGAAGCGGGGAAGUUGAGAUCUCCACACUCGGUGGACUAGAAGAGACGAAACGCACCUCGGCCUCAUCGGCAAAGCCAUCUACGACGGAACCUCCCGCGAAGCGCAAAGUGCCAUUCGGGGGAGGCGCAACGGGGAAACCGAACGUGAAGCCGCUGAGCAAGAGUUCUAUUUUCGCGGAUGACGAUGAGGAUGAGACGAUGGAGCAGCAGACGGGGGAUAGUGGGGCUUCAUUUGGGUUGAAUACGAAGAAGGGCGGUUCCGCAGCGGGGAAUAAGGAAUAUGUGAACCUGUCUGCGAUGCAUAGCAGUAAGAAGCAUGCGCAGGAUGCGGAGGAGCUCGAUCCGUCGAUUUAUUCUUACGAUGCGGUGUAUGAGAGCUUGCAUGCGAAGCCUGGGAAGGAGAAAGCGGCGGCGGAGAAUAAAAACGAGGGUCCGCGGUAUAUGGGGUCUUUGUUGCGGAGUGCGGAGAUCCGCAAGCGCGAUCAGCUUCGCGCGCGGGAUCGGAUGCUGGCUAAGGAGCGGGAGGCGGAGGGCGAUGAGUUUGCUGAUAAGGAGAAGUUUGUGACAUCUGCGUAUAAGAAGCAGCAGGAGGAAUUGCGGAAGAUGGAAGAGGAGGAGGCGGAGCGGGAGCGGCAGGAGGAAGAGCGACGGAAACAGAAUGGAAGUACUGGUAUGGUUGAUUUCUACAGGGACAUGCUAUCUCGGGGUGAACAACAGCAUGAGGCUGUUAUGAAGGCUACGGAAGAGGCUGCACGGCGGGUGCAGGCUGGAGAAGCUCCGGAAGAAACAGAGGAUCUCAAGGAGAAGACAGAAGCGCAGAAAGCCGAGGAGCUCAAUGCACAGGGUGCCCAUAUUGCCAUCAAUGACGAAGGACAGGUUGUCGAUAAGCGACAGUUGCUGUCUGCUGGUCUCAAUGCUGCCCCAAAACCCAAGCAACAGCCCUCUGCGGCCACGGCUGCUGCUGGAUCGCGCGCUUCUGCGCCAAGGUCCCGGUUCCAAUCGGAGCAACAGAGCGCUCGAGCUGGCCAGCGCGCUCGUCAAACAGAGAUGAUUGCUUCACAACUGGAAGAGAGAGCGCAACAGGAAGAAGCGGCCGAGGCAGCACGGCAGAAAGAAAUCGCAGAGCGCAGCCGCAGCCGCAAGACCGAGGGAGAUGUCUCGAGCGCAAAGGAGCGAUACCUGGCAAGAAAAAGAGAACGAGAAGCCGCCGCGAAAGGCAAGGGUGCCUAG